AUGAAGUACGCCACCACCGCGACCCUCCUCGCGACCAUCGCGCUCACAACCGCGCAAUCCCCCUCCUCAGUCGAGCCCUCUCCAUACUCCAGCCCCGCCGAAGAAGCCUGCAACCCCUCCAACUCCAGCGGCCUGCCCGACUUCAACGCCCCCUGCAACGCCGUCAUAGCCAUCGAAUACCAAUGCAUCUACGGCCCCGACUACCUCACCGCCGCCCAAAGCAGCGGCCCCUACAACCGUCUCCGAAGACGCCAAUCCUCCUCCUCAGACGACGACUCCGAUGACUCAGACGACGACUCCCUCCCCGAGCAAAACAACUCCACCCAACGCACCUGCAUCUGCGAAUCGCAAUUCUUCGCCCAAGUCCAAGGCUGCGCCAACUGCUACUCUGCACACGGCAGCCCGCAGGGCAUCGACGACGGGCUCUCCGACGCCAGCGCCCUCGCGUCCCUCUCCUCGGCGUACUGCGCCGCGUCCGCGACCCCGACGCUCGGGCUCGCGGACUACCUCUUCGACUGGGCGGAUAGCUACAACGCCAGCCAUCCCGCGACGGCGACCGCCACGGCCAGCACGAUGAGCGAUGCGAUUGGGAAUAGGACGGAUGUGAGUUUGUAUUUCACGCCGAGCGUUACGGGCACCGCGGCGUGGCUCAUCGCGGAGGCGACGAGCGGUGCGUCGAGUGGCAUGGGGAGUUUCGCGAGUGAGAAUACGAGUGGGGGGAUGAUUGUGCCGACGGCGAGUGCGAAUAAUGCUGCGGCGGCGAGCGGUGCGCAGACGACGGGUGGGGCUAGUGGAAGUGGUGCGAGUGGUGCGAGUGGUAGUGGAGCGUCGGCGACGAGCUCGGCUGGUGGUGCGGUUGUGACGGCGGCGGGCGUGGGGAUGCUGGGUCUCGCUGGGCUGGUGGCUAUGUUAAGUGCUGUGGUCCAUUUUCUUUCGACUGUCUUUCAAGAACCCUUCCUUCUAAUUGAACAUCCAUCCUAUGCGCCUCCAGCACCUCGCUUGAACGCACACCCAAAUAAGAUCUAA